AUGGCGGCGGAGCAAGAAAUAAAUAUUAAGUUUGUACAAGAAGUUGAAAAACAUGCUUGUUUAUAUAACUACAAAUUACCAGAAUACAUGCGGAAAAAUACAAUAGAUAGGACUUGGGCAGAAAUUGGGAAUAAAUUUCAAAUAACAGGAUCAGAAGCUAAAGAAAAGUGGAAAAAUCUACGUAGUGUUUUUGUUCGCCAUUUGAAACCGCCUAAAAGUGGAGCAGGGACUGCGCAAAAAAAACCAUACUACUUAGCUGAUUUUAUGCAAUUUACUAUACCGUUCAUAAAAACAGCAGGAAAACCAUCAGGAAAUUUGAACGAGACAAUAGAAGAUAAUGACACAUUGCAACCACAGUCUCCUGAACUAUGCGAACAAACACAGUUCACAGAAAGUGUACCUACAAGCACUCAAUCGAUCUCGCAACAGCAUUCAUCUCUUCCUCCAACAAGCACUCAAUCAAUCUUGCGACACCAAUUACCACCAGCAACAAGCAAUAAAAGAAAACGGAAGAAGCUUGAAGAAACUCAAGCUGAGCAAGAUAUUGCAGCUUAUUUUAAAUUGAAACGAUCUAAAAUUAUAGAAAACUGUGACAGUACUGAAAAUUCAAACAAAAUGUUUUUACUGAGUUUACUGUCGGACGUGAAUAAAUUGAAUGAUAAUCAAAGAAGACUGUUUAAGAGGAGAGUGCUUGAAUUGAUAGACGAUAUUAUGGACCAAAGUAGUCCCAUCACACUUUUAUCUACUCCUUCACCGACUGACAGGGCAAUAAGUACGCCAAAUACCAUAAAUGAAAGUGUACAAUCAAAUACUGCCACACUAUAUUAUGAAUCAAUACCUAUGUUUUUAUCACAGGAAGAUGAAGAAUAA